AUCUAAACUGUUACAAAAUUCAUUCUGUUGAGAGCAUAAAUUUUACUUUUUUCAAUCAUAUCCCCAUGCCUCUGAUAUACUACGAUCGUACGAUAAACUCGCCCCAAGAGCUCAUCCUGGCUGGAUUGCGGGAUGCAAAUACAGGCACAUCCCUUCAAAAUUUGGCCACCUUUGUGACGCGGAAAACGGGAUUUCCGGGCGAGGUCUGCCAUAAGGUUAUCACGGAGGCCCUCGAGGAGGCCAUGGCCUGCAAGACCAUCCGCCAAGUGGAUGGGCUCUUCUAUGAUAUACCUCCAAAACCGCCCCGUCUGGCCGCCCGGCGAAAAUGCAAAAUACCACAAGCAAAGCCGGGGAACGACUGUUGCGAUAAUUAAUUCAUAAUGCCGAGAGUAUCCGCUCGAGUGGCCGAGAAGAGCAAGGCAAACACUUUAUUAAAAUUAAAAUUUAUCUAAAUUGCGACAGCAAGCUAUUCUAUCCGCAAAGUACUUGAAGAACUCCGCCCGCCUUCGUCUGACAAUGACGGAAGGGUUGAUGUUGAUGCCAGCCUUCCCCGCAAAUCCUUAUUUUUGUAUUUUUUCUUCCAAAGGUGCACUCUUUGUUGCUGCAGCGUCUUGUGUCUGUCAAACGUCAGUCUUGGCGUUCUGGAGCGUUGAAAUUGAAAGCUCCACUCGCUUUGUCUUUUGGCCAGGUGGGGCAAGGGAAAAAAAUAAGAAAAAAAGGAUAGUAGGAGUGGAAAGUGAGGGUCUGGGCCCGGGCCUUUGCAUUCUCAAUGUGUCACUUUGAUUUAUUAUUUUCGACAGCCCUCCCCACGGAUCCCUGCUUACCAGGACUCAUGAGUCUAAGCAGCAGUGGCAGUAGAGUACACGAGAAGCAAAAAA